CCUGGCUCCAGACCCGCUGGACCGGUUCUCCGACCGAGGAGUCCGGACUGAGGUGGCGCCCAACAUGACGGUUUGCUACGCCCACAACUGCUGGGGGAAAACACGCUCAGCCUUCUUCUAUCUAUUCCCGGACCGAGCUGCAGUUUUCGGCUGUGUUUAAGAAGAAGACGCCGGAAUUGUCGGCUCCAACCGAGGACCUUCACCAGAGGCCCCGCCGCCACCGCUGGAGCUGAAGACCCGCCGCUACGUCUGGGCUUCACGCUCGCGACUAAUGGAGUCAAACAAAAGCACCGGACUCUGAAGACGUUUUUUUCCCCCUUCCUGGUACUGAAUCACUGACGAACGAGGGUCGUGAUUUGCGUCCCCGACUGACCAUGCGAGGAGUCCGGGUCUUCGUAAAGGAAUGUGUUGGCUACUCCCGGCGUUAGCUUCGCCGCUACAUGGCCAACAGUAAUAACAUGCUCCUGUCCUCCGCCGUGGUGGUUUGGGAAUGGCUGAACGAACACGGUCGGUGGCGGCCCUACAGCCCCGCCGUCUCGCAUCAAAUAGAGGCGGCCAUUCGGAGCGGAGACACCCGCGGAGGAAGCGUGGUCCUCGGCCAGGUGGACAACCGACUGUCGCCCUACAUCAUCGAUCUCCAGUCCAUGCACCAGUUCAGACAGGACACAGGAACCAUCCGUCCAGUACGAAGGAGUUUUUACGACCCUUCCUCGGCCCCUGGGCAGGGUUGGCAGUGGGAGUGGGAGAACGAUGCGGGUACAUGGACACCGUAUGACACGGAGGUGGCCAUCACUAUCGAGCAAGCCCACAGCCGGCAGCAGCAGUGCCUGGACCUCACACCCCUGGGCUUCUGCUACCUCAUUGACUUUCAGAACAUGACACAGGUGAACCGACAGAGCCAAAGGUGCAGAAGGAUCCAGAGGAGGGCAGACGUGGCCUAUCCUCUGGUGUCAGGGCCUCUCCCAAUACCUAAAGGAGGAACUGUGGGAACAGGUGGAGGGCUAACUGGUGCUCUGCUUGGGGUUGGGGUAUCAGGGGUCAGCAUGGUAAGCGGAGGAUCUGUUUACACCAAUGGGGGUUUAGCAACCACCGCUCUUGGGCAGCCAUGCUCCUGCCAGCAAUGCAUGCUGGUCUUCAGUGUGAAAACAAACAUGGGAGGCGGAGCGGCGAUACAGACUCUUGGUAGACGCUCAUUAACCAUGCAGCGUGCCAAAAACCCAGCACCAGUCACCACUAAACCCUUAAGUCCGUCUAAAUCGGCCACUCUAGGACGAGGGCAGCAGCAGUACUCCAAUUCUAGCUACUACCAGACACUGCCUCAUGGACUCGCCAUCACCAGGAACACUGCCUCACCAAGACAGAAUGCCCAGCUUUUUGCCCAAUCGCUUGCUGCUCUUACCGCAGGCGCAUCCUCCUUGGGUAUCUCCUCCACUUCCGGCCGACCUCCCCCUCCGUCCUUCCCACCACCACAGCCACCGUCCACCAACCAGAAUCCUCCGUCCAUCCCAGCCAAGCAGUCAUCGCAAUCAUCCGCCAAUGAAUCGGUGCCAACCGCUACGCUAGUUACGCCCGCUAGUAGCGUAACAACGCCUCCAUCUCCGGUGCCAUCUCCAUCGCCAGUGGUCAUGAAGCCUCAACGUGCAUCGUCUUCUGCUUCCAAAGUGUGCCAUGCCCCAUUGCCACAGAGAUCUAGUCUGGCAGGACUCAGCAGACCCGCGUUGCAGAGGAUCGCAAUGGCCCAGUCCAGAGCGCUGAUUGCAUCUGGCGUUCCGACGGUCCCGGUAAAGAACCUCAAUGGAUCCAGUCCAGUCCACCCAGCGCUGGCGGGCAUCACAGGGAUCCUGAUGAGUGCGGCCGCUCUGCCCGUGUGUCUCACCCGACCUCCCAAACUGGUCCUGCACCCGCCGCCGGUCAGCAAGAGCGAGAUCAAGCCAGUGCCGGGCCUUGGGCACUGCUGCAGGAAGACCAGCAAGAAGCAGACCCGCAAAGGUAAAACCUCUGAGGACGUGGUGAAGAAAUAUCUCCAGAAGGUGAAGAGUCCACCUGAAGAGGACUGCACCAUCUGCAUGGAGCCUCUGGCCGGUCCGUCGGGCUACAAAGGUCCGGGAGUGGGCGCGGUCUCCAGGGCUGAGUCUGUGGGGCGUCUGGCCCAGUGCGGGCACCAGUACCAUUUCCAGUGUUUGGUGGCCAUGUACAACAACGGCAACAAGGACGGGAGCCUGCAGUGUCCCACCUGUAAGACCAUCUACGGGGUCAAGACGGGGAACCAGCCAGCCGGGAAGAUGGAGUACCACGUCAUCCCCCACUCCCUCCCGGGACACCCUGACUGCAAGACCAUCCGCAUCAUCUACAACAUCCCGCCAGGCAUCCAGGGUCCGGAACACCCAAACCCAGGCAAGCCAUUCACCGCCCGAGGCUUCCCGCGACACUGCUACCUCCCCGACAGCGAGAAAGGACGCAAGGUGUUGCGGCUGCUGCUGGUGGCCUGGGACCGCCGACUCAUCUUCUCUGUGGGGACGUCCAGCACCACUGGGGAGUCCGACACCGUCAUCUGGAACGAGGUCCACCACAAGACCGAGUUCGGCUCUAACCUGACGGGCCACGGCUUCCCGGACCCGGGUCACCUGGACAAUGUCCUGGAGGAGCUGAGAGCUCAGGGCAUCACGGAGGACGACAGCCUGCUGGACAAGUGACCUAAGCAAGCGGACCAGAACCAGAGUUUGUGCCGGGCCGAGACCUUCAUCAGCACUUAGAGGAACAGAGACAUUUUGUGACCUGAGACACCAGCAGAGACCGGAGAGCCGCAGGUCCCAACACCAGCGAGUCGGACCAAACAGCAGUUAGUGAAAGAAAGGUCAAAGGUCGAGGAACAACUGGAGGAUAAAGAGAGAGAAAUGAGGAAGGAUGAGGGAAAGAAGAAGGAAACAUGAAGGAAGAUAGAGAGGACACUGGUCAGGUAGUUUCACCACAAACAUGAAAUCCGAGUCUCAUUCACACUGAAAUCUUGACCGUGCUGCGUUCAGGGUCGCUGACAGUACAGAGUAAAUGGUGCGUUCACUGACCCGACAACAUUUUCAAGGGACUUCUGAUACUGUGAGGUUUCCCUCGAUAACCAGCGGCAUCCCGACAUGUCGCCAGACUGUUUUGAUGCUGCGUUCAAAGUCAGAGUCUUCUGCAGAAGAAAAUUCAGUUAAACUAGGUGCAGCUCCUCUUACAUCAACACAUGCAACAACCAUGCUACACACACACACACACACACACACACACACACACACACACACACACACACACAAUAACUUUUGAACACCAACUUCAGUUUUUAUACCUGCAGAGCAUCUUCAGGUUCAAAUGCUAACACGUGCCAGUGGUUAGCAAAGUGCUAUGAUCUAACAAUGUUGCUGAGUCACCAGUGCGACGUUGGCGUGUUAGCAUUUCACGUCAACAUUGAAUCAGCAUUUUAAGAUUUCAGUGUGAAACAUCGGAUUUAAACUUGGAGCGUUGAGUAAAGAUUAGAAAGCAAGAGUUCGGAGCCUCCUGGUGGACGCUGUGGCGUCGUUUUUACGUCUCGUGGUUUCCUCCCUUUCUUGGGUCAUGAACUGAAAAAGGACCAAAUUCUGUUCUUUUUUUUGUUUUUGUUUUGAGUCUGAUCGUUCUUGGUACGAUUCUCGUGAGGUAUGUUUUCAUAAGCUCGCUGCAAGAUCCGAACACACGCUGAUCACCUUGACGGGAAGUUGUGGUUUCAGUGAUUGAAAAUACGUAACAGUCCCAAAGUGGGAUCUUUGGUCGACAGGAGUGGAACGUUAGCUGGAACCCAGGGUUGGGCGGGCGGUCGCAGACUCGCUCGCGACGGUCGGCCCAGUUUCUGAGUUGGGUCAGUGCGUGAUCCGCCAUGUUAUGAGGUGUGUGAGUGCGGUUUUUAAAAAGCUGUGUACUGUGUAUACCGACAGUUUAGGCUGUUUCAGUCGUCUUAUCCAACAUUUGACAUGACUUCACUUGAGGGGGCUUCAGUUUUAUUACCCUCAUCUUCGGUCAUUGAUAAAGAUACAGUUCACUGUAUCUUUAAAAAAUAUUUAAUGUUUUACCUCAAAUGUAUUUUUUCUUUUUUUUUUAACUCAACAUACCAAACCAACUAUAAUAAGGAACUAAAUUUUUUUUAAAUAAAAUUAUGUCAAGUACAACAAAAUUUAAAAGAGCAUUCUAAAUAAAUUCAUUAAUUAAAAAAAAAAACAACUAUUUUUAUUUGGAAAAACUGAUUUUUUUUCUUAUUUUUUUUAAGAAUAAUUUUUAAUGAAACUCCAAUAACUGCAGUUUUCACCCUCAAGUCCAAGUCUGGUACUUUUAUUAGAGUUUUAUAUCUUGAAAUCUAGUUUUGCUGAGUUAGCGUUUCAUUAUUAGUGGUACGCCUUUGAAUUUUUUUAUGAAUUUCCUUCAGGUUAGCUCGACGGUUCUGCACAGGCGAGUGGGCGGCCGUAAACUUGUUUUCAUUGAACUGAUCGUGUCAUUUUGAGGCUGCAGGAAACUCCAUCUAAAGACUCUGUUACAGCAUUUUUUAUCUACUUCACAAUUGGAACCAAGGAACUUGCUAACAUUUUUUUUUCUUCAAAGUAAACAAAAUAUUGCUAAAUUGUAAAGUGAAUGGGUGGGAAAAAAAAUAUAAAGACAUAUUUGAGUGGGAUGAUUUUGCUAAUCUAUUCAAGGCUAUUCCAUUCCAUUCCAUUGUUGGAAUAAAAUGGGACAUUAAAAAAACGUUUUCAGGUCCGUGAUUCCUUGAAUAGUUUAAGAUAAAAAAAGGGAAUAAUUGUGAUUUUUUUUUUCCAGAAAGUUCCUCAAAACAAACCAUGUGCAGCUUUGGAGUCGUCAAUGUUUUCAAACUUCACCAGCAAUGUUUACCAUUUGAACAUGAGCGUGUCCUUUUCUGACAGGAGUGAUGAUGUCACAGGUGGGAGUUUCCAGUGUACAUAUUUUUAAAACUAGUCUGAGUAAGACGGAUUAAUACAUGAAAAAUAA